AUGACGCGCUCACAGGAACGCAUCGCCCCCACCCUCGUUGAAGGGGACACGAUUAUCGACAAGGAAAAUGUUUUGACUAUCUCUAAUUUAAGUUGUUCGGGUGGCUAUAUUAUAGAGGACAAAGAGGGAACUAUCGUGCUCUCUGUUUCUCGGAAACCGUGGAGUUUUCAUCACCGACGGAUCUUCUAUAAAGAAGGCAAACCUCUUUUUGAACUACAGUCUAAAUGGUGGAAUUCUUCCAAAAUUGAAGUAAUUUUGUCCCAAAAAACAAUUCUUCAGGCCAAGUCUCGCAUGGCGUCCAAUAAACCCAAGGCUGUCUUGAAAUUCUGCAAUGCGGCCAUUAAAAGCCGCCACAAUUUUAGUCAUGAUAGGCUUGACACUGAACUAAUUGUUCAAUCCGAAGAUUUGGAAAACUUCUGUCAGAAAAUUAUGAUGGGUAAUUCGGUCAUGGCGUGUAUUAAUAGGAUAGGAAAACCGCAAGACGUGGAAGAAAGGCCAGUCUCUUCGCACGGGCCGAGGUGGGAAGUGAAGGCCGAGAAGGAUAUGGGGCUGAGUCUAAUUGCUGUUGUGGUGGUAAUUAUUGGCCAACAGGUCCCUAAAGUUGGCCGUCCUAGAGUCUAA